AUGACGGGGGGUGAAGGGAUGAGUAUCGCACACACCACCACUCCUCUCCACACCCACCACACCUCCGCUCCAUCCACCCCACCAACACACCCAGGCCCCAUCACCUCACCCAUCCCUACACUCACACAAUCCCUCACCACACUCACCCUACCACUCUCCUUAUCCCAGCAACACACACCUAGCCCCUCACCCCACCCCAUCCAUAUUGCCGCUCUCCACAACCCACCAACAUUCAACCAACCGCUCUCCCCAACUCACCAAAACACAAUCAGACCCCUUCCAACACUCACACAGCCGCUCAACUCACCUCUCCCAACACUCACACAGCCGCUCUCCAAAACCUACCAACAGACACCCAGCCCCUCUCCAAAACUCACCAACACAUACCCAGCCCCUCUCCUCAGCCCCACAACAUUCACCCAGCCCCUUUCCUCACCCCACCAACAUUCACCCAGUCGCUCUUCCAAACUUAUCAACACUCUCCCAGCUCCUCUCCUCAACCCCACAACACUUACACAGCCGCUCUCCCAAGGGACCAACACUAACCCGGCUCCUCUCCCAAACCUAUAUCAAAAUUACCAACAUUCACCCAACCCCCUUCCCCAACCCCACUACACUCACCUAGCCACUCUCCCAACCCAUUAA